GCUUUGGCGCCCCCAUCAUUUCCCGCGCCAAUUCGGCAACUCCUCCAAUUUGGCAGUCUGUUCAAUUCCCGUCUAAUUAAACCUUAAUUACGCACUCUCUCUUCGAAUUCGUGUCUCCCCCUGUAAUCACAUUGCAUAUACCAUACAGAAAUUCAAAGAUGUUCUACUCGCAGACAUUCCUGGCUCGGAAGGGUCCAUUAGGGACUGUGUGGUGCGCAGCUCAUCUAAAGCACCGCCUCAAGAAGUCUCAUUAUACCUCCACCGAUGUCUCCUCCACCGUCGAUUGUAUCAUGUUCCCAGAAGUUCCCAUUGCGCUGAGAAUGUCAGGCCACCUUUUGCUAGGUGUUGUUCGGAUAUAUUCAAAGAAAGUCCAUUAUCUUUACCAUGAUUGCUAUGUUUUUCUUAAUGGAUUAAGAAAAGCUUUCGCCUCCAUAGAAGUUAAUUUGCCAGAGAAUGCCACAACAGCACAAUUUGAAUCUGUUACUUUGCCCCAAACGUUUGACCUUGAUGCAUUGAACGUGGAGUUUGAUACAUAUCCUGAUGGGUCCCCAUAUGAUCCAUACGAGGGAGUCAGGGAAGAAAUAACUCUUUCCAAAGAUCAAACCAAACUUGACAGAGAUCCUUAUGUUGUUAUAUUUCUUUUGAUGAGUCAAGACCGUUAUGAUAUCAUGAUGGAUGUAUUACCAUUCAGAACAUUGAUAACUGAUGCUGGGAUCAGGUUCAAUGGAGGAGGAGUAUGCCCUAAUUUGCAUUUUAGAAUUUACUGA